AUGGAAGGUGAUAAAGAGGUAUAUACGUAUGAUGGAUUAGAGGUGUACAUAACCAAUGCAAUUGAUGCAUUGUGGAAAAGGUUCAAGUCAUUCGAUGUUGCAGGAAAAAGAGCACUAAAAAGCAAGGUGUGUAAAAUUGCUUACCCCACUACAACAAGGAUGUGUCCACCGCUUGAAGGAGUAAAGAGAAAAGGGAAGAAACCUGCGGGAUAUGAUGUCUAUCAUGAUCCUUCAUAUCAUGAACCAUUUAUUGAUGACAUCGUUAAUGUUAAGAGUGAUGGAAAUUGUGGUUUUAUAGUCAUUGCAUCAUUUCAUGGAUAUGGUUAG